AUGAGACUUAAGAAGAAAAAGGCUACAAUAAAUUUUGAAGAUACAUCUAUAGAGGAUAAUUUAGUUAAUUUUGAUGAUAAUUUAGAUAUAAGAAGAAAUAAGUUGAAUAUCCUAAGGGAAAAUGUAGAAAUUGGUGAUAUAGAACCCUCAAAUAUUACAAAUAAAUCAAAUAUUGAUAUAUAUAAUAAUAAAGGAACUUUGUAUUCUAUUAGUUUAGAAAAUUGGAUGAAUAUUGAAGGCCCCCUUGUAUAUGUUUUUGAGGAUAAUGUAAAUAUUAUAGCUGGUUUAAAUGGUAGUGGUAAAAGUAGCGUUGUAUGUGGAAUAGCGAUUGGGCUUGGUUAUGAUACAAAUAUUUUAGCAAGAGGGCAUUUAUUAGCUUCUUAUAUACGUAAUGGAUGUAAAUAUUCCAAGUUAAAGUUAAUUUUGAAUAAAGAUAAAGGUCAGAGAGUAACUAUAGAUCGUACUUUGACCUUAUCAAAUAAUAAUGAAGUAAGAACUUUAUGGAAAUUAGAUGGAUUAAAGUGCAAUGAAAAAGAUAUAACUACUUUAAGAAAGGAAAUGAAUAUACAGUUAGAUAAUAUGAUAUCAUUUUUAGCUCAACAAAGAGUAAGUCAAUUUGCAACUCAGUCUAGUCAGUAUAUUUUUAAGGAAACUAUAAGAGCACUAUCAAAAGAAUCAAAUAAUAAUAAUAAUAUAGAUGAUAUAAAUAUAGAUAAUUUAACAUUUUUUUAUAAUAAAUUUCUUGAUAUAACAAAAAGUUCACAAUCUUUAAGGUCAAACUUAUAUGGGAAAGAAACUAAGUUAGUUCAAAUAAAGAAUGAAAUAUUGAAGGCAGAACAAAAUGAAAUAAAUUAUAUUAGAUACAUUUACUGUAAGAUGGCAAUGGAGUUAAUUAAAAUAUUUGAGAUAUUAAUUGAAGGAACUAAAGAAAAAGAGUGUUUAAAGAAUAAUUUCUCUAUAAUAGAGGGGAAAAAAAAAGAUAGGGAAGUUUUAGAAAAAAAUAUAAACUCUGAAAUUAAUAAGAUUGAUGAAUUAUUGUCAGAACAGAAGAAAUAUGAAGAAAAAUAUGAUGAUAUUAUAAAAGAUAUUGAAAAUAAUAAAUUAAAUGGUAUUAUUAAACAUUCUCAUUAUAGAAUAAAAGAUAUAAUUAAGGAAACAAGAGAAAAAAUUGAAGAUCCGGAAUUAUCUUUGGAAGCUUAUUAUAGAAAGAUAAAGGAUAUUGAAUGUCUUAUUAAGGAGAUAGAUGAAGAAGUUGAUAAAUAUGAAGAAUCAUUAAACAACAACUGGAUUUUAAAAUGGAAAAAUAUUGGAUUGUCAUUACUUAGGGAUAAACAGGAUGGAUUUUUAUUAGAUGAAGGGGAGGAACUAAAAAUAAAAAUAGGCAAAGAAAUAAGUCAAAUUUCAUCUGAAAUAUCUCUUUAUGAAAGAAAUAUUAGAGAAAAUGACCAUUUAAAAAAUAAGCUGAUUCAAAGAAAAAGUUAUUUGGAAGAGGAAAGGAUCAGAAAUAUAAAUGAUAAUAGAGAAAAUAAAGAUUUAGAUAAUCAACUAAGAAUAUAUUUAAAUAAUGUUAAACAAUCAGCCUUAUCUAAUUUAAUACGUCAAAAUAUAAUGAGGUAUUUUUCAGUGAACAAAAAUAUAUCUGACGAGUUAUAUGCUAUAAAUUCAUCUAAUAUAUCUCCAAAAGGACCUGUUUAUGGCCCAAUAGACGAAUCUAUAAAAAAUAUUCUUUUCCAAAUAGCACCACAACUUUUUUUAUGUGCCAUUAUUGAUUUAUCUAAUAAUAAUAAUUACAAUGAAACAGAACCAGGUAAAGAGUUUAAUAAUAGAAAUAAGGUUAUUAAUUUGAAUGAGGAUAAAAUAUUAUAUGAAUUGUCUGAAUGGCUAAAGAAUAAAUAUGGAAAUAUUAAUCCUAGAAUAUAUCAAAGUGUACAGCUAUUAGUUUUGAAUAAUAUUGUUAAGAAGGAACUUAAUGAUAAUAAUAUAAUUAAUCGAGAUAAUUAUACAAAUUCAAAUAUUGGAAAAUUUGGGACUUUAUAUAAAUUGAUAUCAUCACUAUAUAAUACGGAAUCUAAGACAAUCUCUUCAAAUAAUUUAGAUGAACCAAUGAAUACAGUCUUAUUAUUAGAAGAAUAUGAGAAAUAUAACUCGAAUAAAAGUCAAAAUAAAGAUAAAUAUAUUGAUAUGGAAGAAGUUGUAGAAAUAAAUAACAGGAUUUCAAAAAUAACUGAGGAUACUGAGCAAAAACAGAAAAAAUGUGAUAAUCUAAGAAUGGAAUACAAUAAAAAAAGAGAAAUAUUAAAUAUUUUGAUAGAAUGUUUAGUAAAUAUUCCAUCUAUUUAUAAAAAUAUUCUCAAAAUAAAAAAUUUAAAGAUUAAGUAUCAAAGUGACCUUAAAAAAUUAAAUAAUUCAAUAAAACCUGACAAAUCCAAAAUAUUGAAUAAAAAUAAAGAAUCAAUAUGUUAUUCAAUAUUUGGAAAUAAAAAUAUGGAAUUUUCUGAAGACAUUCAUUACAACAAAAUUAAUAAUGAAAGACCUAUAUACAAGGAAUUACUUAAUAUAUCGGAAAUACUAGAAGAUAUUGCAAAUAUACAAUUUAGAGAACUAAUAAAUAUAAAAAAGAAAAUUAGUGAAAUAUCGAAUUCAAUUACAUCUUUAAAUAGUAGUAAUAAAUUAAAAAGUGAUGAGUUACAAAAAUUAAAUAGAAUAAUAGAACUAAAUGAAAUUGAAUAUAAUAAAAUUAAGGAUUUAUUAAGUAAGAUGAAACUAGAUUUAAGAAGUUACUAUGCUCAAUUUUACUCAUUAUUUUAUCAAUACUAUACCAGAAUUCAUAGAAAAUCUAAAGAUUUAAAUUUAGAGCAAUUACCUCCUUAUUACUAUUUGCCAAUAGAAAACGAAAAUAGUAAUAAUGAAAACUUCGAAGCACUAUAUAAAAUUCCUGGUAUGGAGAAUAUCCUUAGAUUAAUAGAUGAAGAAACGAACAAUGAGAUAUUCUACAGUAAUAUUGCAACUGAUUUUACUCCUAAUCAAAAUAUCAUUCCACAAUGCUACAUUGAGAUAAUAAAGCAAGUAUGUACAGAAUUUCAAUUAUUAUCUAAUUUAUCAGAUAAUAUAGAAUAUAUAUUUGAUAUUAAAUAUUGUAAUAAAGAUAUUUAUAAGUAUGGGAUAUGUCAAAAACAAGCUAGAAGAAUAAGUAACAGACUAAAAACCACUAAUUAUAUGUAUAACAAUGUAAGUAAUAAUAGAAAUCCUAAUACCAAUAAUGAACCUAAUUCAAAUAAUAAACGAGAUUAUAACUAUAGUAUACUUGAUAUAUUACUGCCAAAAUCUAAAUAUCAAGAUAAAUAUAAUGAUAUUCUAAAUACUAUUUUAAAAUUAGAAUAUAAUACCCAUGAUACUAACCUCGAAAGGCUUAAUAAUUUACAAAAUGAAUAUGAAAUAUUAAAUUUAGAGAAGGAUACAUUACAGAAGAAAAUUAAUGAAUUUGAGAAUUAUAUAUUUAAAUACUCUAAGAAAUGGUUACUUAAUUUAAAUAUUAUACAAAGUGUACUAAAUGAUCGUUUUUUUAUUUUCAUGAAUUUUAUAAAUGAAGGACAUUCGGGCAAAGUUAUCAUACCAUUUUAUGAAAGAUUUAAAUACAAAAAUCUUGACUUUUUGGAUGAAAUAUCAACUUCUUGUGCAUACUCUGAAAAAGAUACAACUAAUUGUAUGGAAAGUGAUAAUUCAAAAUAUAACUUAGAAAAAAAAAAAGAAUUCUAUGAUAUAUUUAUUAAUAAUUUUGAAAAGGAUCAUUGUAUAAAUAUUUUAGUAAAAUUUGGUAUAGAUGAAGAAUUUAGACUAUUUUCAUCAAGUUCUAUUUCUGGAGGAGAACAAUCAUUAUGUACAAUACUAUAUAUAUUAGCAUUACAAGGUUUGUGUAGAAGUAAUUCUUUUACUUUAUAUGAUGAAAUAAAUCAAGGUUUAGAUAAUUCCAGAGAACUAAAAUUAAUGGAAUUAUUAAAUAUACUUUCAUGUGAAAAAAAAGUCAAAGAAUUAUUUCAAAAUAAGAAAGAAAAAUUAGGAUCUUUCGAUAAGUAUAAUCAAAUGAUUAUAGGAACUAAAAUGAAUCAAAUUAUUAUUAUUACACCACAUUUACUACCAGGAAUUAUGUUUAAAGAUUUUUCUAUACAUUUUGUUUUAAAUGGUCCUGGUUUUUAUAUUAAAGGGUAA